AUGCCCACGGCAAGCGGUGGAUGGUACGCGUCCACGGACUGCAGGCCCUCGUCCGCCGCACUUACCGAGACGCCGCCGCUACUGCACAGCACGAGAUUCGUAUAUCCAAAUAAUCAGCAUGAUAGCCUAUCCUUGGCCCUGGGUGUGAGUUCCGGGGACCCAGCUCGUGAGACGAGGCUUUCGUUACUUAGCAAGCUAGGCCUCGCAGGUGUCACACACUUUAACCUGUACUUAGGGGAAGCUCCAAUCAGCGCAGAGCUGCUCGCAUUUAUAAGGAUAUUCAGCAUGAACCAGGAGGAGUUAACAAAAUGGUCAAGUCAAGGCCUACCAGGUGACCUUGUAUCAUCGGAUCCUACCAGUGCUGAAGUGGUUGGAACACAGUUAGACCGACGCGCAUACACUUAUCUCCUUACACGAUGCAAACUUAUAAGAGCGUCCUACAAAAAAGACCCUGAAGAAUCUCCCCCCAUCACAGAUCAUAGGAAAAAUAUAAAACUGCUCAAAGAGUGCGAAAUGCAAAUCUUAGACAGUGCCAUAAAGUACCUGCAGAACGUUCUAGAGAAACUUCCCGCCACAGAUAAGUAA